CAUUUCCCAGGUGAGAGGACAUAAGGCGUCAGCCGUGUAAGCUCGCAGAGAAGCAGCAAUACCUUCACAAAAAGUGCAAAGUUCAGAUAGAUCUUGAGCCGCGGUCUCGUUCAUAUGGCGGACACUGUACGGAAGAAGCAAAAACUUGUUGUCGUCGGAGCUGGUCCGGUUGGGUCGCUGGCAGCUCUGUAUGCCGCAGCCAGAGGUGAUGAGGUGGAAAUCUAUGAACUGCGUGGAGAUCUUCGUGAUCCCUCGACAGUCCCACUGAAUUUCACAAAGUCCAUCAACUUGGCAUUGUCGGAGCGUGGAAUUACCGCCAUGAGGCACUCUAACCGGGAGGACCUCAUCAACAACGUCCUCCAAGGCACGAUUCCAAUGCAUGGACGGAUGAUCCACGGCAGAGACCGUGGGCAACUAUGGGAAGCUGCGCAAGCAUACGAUGUCCAUGGACGAGCCAUCAAUGCUGUCGACAGAAGCACCUUGAACAACGCACUACUCGAUGAGCUGGAACGCACGCCUAAUGUGAAGCUUUUCUUUAAUCAUAAACUGACCGGGGCCGAUUUCACUGCGCGCAAAGCGUGGUUCGAACGCCGGGUGCCCGGCGAGGCUCCUCUUCCAAACUCUGCGAACCGCGUACCGGAGAUCGAAGUUGAGUUUGACUUCAUGAUCGGCGCGGAUGGAGCUCAUUCUGCGGCAAGAUACCACUUGAUGAAGUUUGCCCGGGUGGAUUAUCAGCAGGAGUACAUCGAUACAUUGUGGUGCGAGUUCCGCAUUCCUCCAACUGAGGAUGGCGAUUUUCGCAUCUCCCCAAACCACCUGCAUAUCUGGCCUGGAGGGGAAUUCAUGUUCAUCGCCCUCCCAUCCGCAGACAGGUCUUUUACAUGCACCUUAUUUGCGCCCGCCGCGCACUACAAAUUUCUAGGAAGCUCGCCGCAGAACCUGGUCGAGUCUUUCAAGGACCACUUCCCCGGGGUUUGUCCAGAACUCAUCUCUCCGGAAGAUCUACAGGAGCAGUUCGCGGCCAACCCUCACCUUCCUUUGAUCAGCCUCAAAUGCAAGCCGCACCAUUACAACUCAAGUAUCGUCAUUGUGGGCGAUGCUGCCCACGCUGUCCUACCCUUCUACGGCCAAGGCCUCAACGCCGGACUUGAGGACAUUCGUGUAUUGUUCGAAUUCCUGGACAAGCAUGGCAGUUACGAUUUAGAUGCGAGCCCUGAAGCUCGUAGAGAAGCGCGCGCUAAAGCAUUCCAAGAGUACACCGACCAGCGCUGUGCGGACACGCACGCUAUCAACGACCUGUCCAAGCAAAACUACCUCGAGAUGCGGUGGGGAGUCAAGACUCCUCUAUACAAACUUCGCAAGUCAAUUGAAGAGGCACUCGACCGCUACGUGCCCAGCCUAGGCUGGCAAACACAGUAUUCGCGAGUGAGUUUCAGCAACCAACGGUACUCCGAAGUGAUCCGAUCUGCUCGAUGGCAGGGCAGCAUCCUCGGUUUGGGACUCGCGACUACCCUCAUUUCCACGGUAGGAGUGAUCGCGUACGUGGUGUGGAAGAAACCAAGGCAGCAUUCGCCGCUUGGGCUCUUGCGCUACUCCUGGCGGCGCCUGAGUAGCAUCUGGGUGAGGAUGUUCCGCACAAUUGCCUAUGCUUGAUCACGAUAUAUCUCACGUCUUUCCCCUCUUCACCUGUUCUGAGUAGCGUUUGAUGAUGUAUGUCUGUACAUCUAUGUCCUUUGCAAACCUGGCGUUACAAUUUCACCUGCUGUAAGCUAUCCGACGUCCAAAAACUUGCAUACCAGACGGAAAUAGAACCAUGCUAUCGUCAACACUCAAUAAUCCCCUAGCCGCCAAAUGUGUCAUAACUAGUACGUACUCCUGGAGAACUUCAAAAUAUGCUGGUCUGUCGAUAUAGCAGAGUCACAUCUCAUUUACAGUCAAUGGCUGCACCGAGAAGGCAGUGGUGCGACCCCAGACUGGUCAUUUUGGGGAGUGUCAUGAUUUCUACAUUCUUCU